AUGGAAUUUUGUGGCGCUGAAGUGGAACAGAGCUUGGACUAUGAGACAGUGCAGAUUUCCAUGGCAGAAUAUGUGCGAAAGGUCAAGCCGCUGACCAUGGACAAGAACCGGAAAACCAUGUCUGGUGACCCAUGCACAGCCAAUGAGCAGAGGCAGCUACGAGCAAUCGUAGGUGCGAUGGCGUGGCCUGCCAACCAGUGCUUGCCCCAGAUCUCAGCGACGUGCAGCCUCCUUCAAGCAUCUGUGGCAAACCCCACAGUGUCGGACUUGAGUGAAGCAAACAAAGGUUUGAGAUUCAUGAAAGAUGUGGGGAAGGACUACAAGCUCCAAAUCCACAUGGAAGCCUGGAGUCACUUCGCUUUGGUGUCUAUGCGGACGCAGCGAGGAUACAUCAUUUUCAUUGCGUCCAAGGAGGAGAUCAACGAAGGCCGAGCCAUGAAGCUCUCAGUUUUGGAUUGGGCGUCUCGGAAGCUUGCACGCGUCUGUCGGUCGUCAUUGGCCGCGGAAGCACAGUCAGCAUCCGUGGCAGUUGAUGCCUUGGAGUGGUUGAGAAUUUGUUGGUCAUUGAUGCUUUGGCCGACCAUCUCCUAUGAAGAUGAUUCGGUGUUGCAAAGCACAGGUGAAUCACCGGUGCUGACUGACGCAAAGGCCUUGUUUGACUCGGUGAACAGCCUCACUCAGAACAAGGCGAGCGAUCGACGCACAUCGAUCGAAAUCAGCAUCAUCAGAGAUCGUCUGCAAGCCAUGAUGUCCAAGAUGAAAUGGGUGAACAGUGGACAGCAAUUAGCUGAUGGAUUGACCAAGAGGCAGGCGAGAGAGCAGUUUGCCUACCUUCUGCAGCGCGGGGUGCACCGCUUGGUGUACGAUGAAAGUUUCGUUGCAGACAAGAAGGUUGGAAAAGAUGUGAAAGAAAGACAGCAUGCAGAGAUGGAAAAGUUAGCAAAAGAAAUGUUUGAGGGCCAUGUUUUUGCGGUUGAGGAUGAGAAAAGCGAGCGUGGAAAGUGUGCUUUGAAGGGAUGCGAAAAGAAAAUUGAUUUGACAGAAGGAAAGAACCAGUUUUGCAGCAGGAGACAUUAUUUGCACAGAAAACAAAGCUGUGGUGACCCAUGGAAAAAGGCAGCAAUGCAUGCAGUUGCGAUCAUCGCAGCAGAGUCAGUGACUAGUGCUGAGGCAGCAAUCACAGAGAAAGAGGAUGAGCAGUUUUGGACAUUCACCAUGACGUUUGCUGUGAUCAUCAUUUUUGCGUUUAUUGGUGCUUUUGGGGUCAUCAUCAAGAUUAAGGAUGUUCUUGUGUAUUUCAGUGCAGCCUUGUCAAAGUUCUUUGCAUUUUCACGGAAUGACAUCGCUUUUCAGAAUGAGCCAACUCUUGUGAAUGAUCAGGUUUUUGAAGAGAUCUACGCAUCACGAAGCCAUGGCGCGGCGGUGCGUGUGCGCGAUGCUGGAACUGGAUCGGCAGAGGCUGAGCCCAUGCGUUGCGAUGCGAGCGUAGGCAGCAGCGACACUGACCAUUCACCCAAGUCAGUGCAGGCAACUGAUGGUCCAGAUGCAAUUCAGUGCAAGCACUUGCGCGUCAACUGGCAAGGGACGAAUGGAGUGCAGUGGAAAUGGACAUGCUUGGAUUGUUUGGCAUUCCAAGUUGUGAAGAAAGGAGAAGGAGUGAGCAAGCCAGUGCCAGCUGUCUCAGGUGUGAAAGCGCCAAUGCGAGAUGAGUGGAAGAAGCGAAUGGAGAGAAUGUUUGAUGAGGGCAUGAUCGCAGACAAAAUCAUUCAGACACCAUUGACGUUUGACCGUCAGGGACACAGACCUGGAUGGAUGUAUGUGAGAGAGGGGGUGCACGGUGCGUUCAAACAUUUGAGCGCUUUUCAGGAUCGAGUGUGA